AUGCAUUUUUCAACCAUCAUCGCAACCGCAGCGGCCCUGUUCCUCGGAGCCGAGGCCGGUGCCGUGCCCCGUCAAGACCCCCACAUCACCGACUUCCGGAUCUGGAGCGAACAGGGAUGCGGAGCUGCCGGUAACCUCGGCGUCUGGACCAUCACAAAGUCGCAAACCGAUGUGUGCCAAACAGCGUUCAACGCACCGGACAAUGUCGUUAAGGCCAUUCGCAUCAGCAGCCUUACAGAGGGCUGUGAGACCGAUUGUGGAGAGGGGGGUCGCCAAGUCGGCGUCCAGACUUGCGAGGAGUGGAGCGAUAUCGCCGACAACUUCUUGAGCUUCAAGGUUACCUGCUCUUAG